AUGGAAAUGAUAGCCCUAAUGGAAAAUGAUUUGAAUAUUAGAUUCGACAUGGACCAUAACAAAAUCUUCACCUUGGAUACAUUGUUGGAUCCAAGAUACAAGCAACAGUUUUUCGAGGCAGAGGAUCUCAUCACCAUUAGGUCCCAAUUUUUCGUAGAAUCUCUGAAGAAUAGCAUGAGUGAUGACGACAGCGACAGUGGCAAUGAUGAUUUACAGAGCACCUCCACUGAUAAAAAUAAUAUAGAAACAGCAACACAUAAGAAUUUUUGGCAAUGCUACCAAAAUUUUGCAUCAAGAAAAAUACAAGAAUUUCAAGAUGACAAGUCAAGCUCAGCUCAUGAACUGCAGUCCUACGGUGCGUUACCGGUGAUAAAGCGUAAUGAUGACCCAUUUCAGUGGUGGAGCCGCAAUAGUUCUAGGUACCCCGAAAUGUCGCGCAUGGCCAAAGUGUACCUCUGUUGUCCCGCAAGUUCUGUUUACAGAUAG